AUGGCAACUCAAGGUCAAGUCAUCACCUGCAAAGCUGCGGUGGCCUGGGAACCCAACAAGCCUUUGACGAUUGAAGACGUCCAGGUGGCUCCACCUCAGGCCGGCGAGGUUCGAGUCCAAAUCCUCUACACCGCUCUCUGUCACACCGAUGCGUACACUUGGGGCGGCAAGGAUCCCGAAGGUCUCUUCCCCUGCAUUCUGGGCCAUGAGGCUGCUGGGAUUGUGGAAAGUGUUGGAGAAGGUGUAACUAAUGUUAAGCCUGGGGAUCAUGUCAUUCCCUGUUACCAGGCUGAGUGUGGGGAGUGCAAGACAUGCAAAUCAGGGAAGACCAACCUUUGCGGCAAGGUUCGGUCUGCCACUGGAGUUGGGGUCAUGCUCAAUGAUGGCAAGAGUCGGUUCUCGAUUAAUGGAAAGCCCAUUUAUCAUUUCAUGGGAACCUCCACUUUUAGUCAAUACACUGUUGUUCAUGAUGUCAGUGUAGCUAAGAUUGAUCCCAUAGCUCCUUUGGAUAAAGUUUGUCUCCUUGGAUGUGGAGUUUCAACUGGCCUUGGAGCUGUCUGGAACACGGCAAAGGUUGAGCCAGGGACAAUUGUUGCUAUUUUUGGCCUUGGAACUGUUGGGCUUGCUGUUGGAGAGGGUGCAAAAGCUGCUGGUGCAUCCCGGAUUAUUGGCAUAGAUAUUGACAGCAAAAAGUUUGAUAUAGCGAAGAACUUUGGAGUCACUGAGUUUAUAAAUCCAAAGGAACAUGAAAAACCAAUUCAGCAGGUCAUAAUUGAUCGUACAGAUGGUGGAGUUGAUUACAGCUUUGAGUGUAUUGGAAAUGUUUCUGUGAUGAGGGCUGCUUUGGAAUGCUGCCACAAGGGUUGGGGGACAUCAGUUAUUGUGGGUGUUGCAGCAUCAGGUCAGGAAAUAUCAACCCGACCUUUCCAAUUGGUGAGUGGACGUGUCUGGAAAGGAACUGCUUUUGGUGGCUUCAAGAGCAGGUCACAGGUGCCUUGGCUUGUAGACAAGUACCUGAAGAAGGAAAUCAAGGUUGAUGAAUACAUUACCCAUACUUUGACACUCUCUGAGAUCAACAAAGCUUUUGAUCUCUUGCAUGAGGGGGGAUGUCUUCGUUGUGUGCUUUCAACACAAGAAUGA